AUGAGAGAGAAGGAGCGCGGCGGCGUUCCCAUCCGUCCCUUCCAGAAGCUGCCCCCGCCCUUUGACCUAAACGAACACCACAACAUGCACAGGUCCCUCAAGAUACCAAUCGCCAUCUAUGAGAAGGAGCCGACCUCGCUGAUUGCCUAUGCCCUCAGCUCGCGGGAGUAUGCCCAGGAAUACUGGGCCCUGGUGGAGCGGAGACCAGUCAUCCUCCAGCCUACGGAGAGGUUACUGUCUCGCCCCUCCAGCCCCAAAGUUCCUAAGAAGCAGGAAGAUAUCUCGUUGCAGGAGUUGAGGAAGAAGGGGCCACUGAAUGCCAUGAAUGUGUUCUCUGGUCUCUCGGUUGCCUCUGAUCGACCUGAGCCUCACGACAGGUCCGGAGACGACUCAAGGUCGUACUACUACAGGCGUAUUGAGGCGGCUCUAUCGAGCAAGUCGAGUCACAGCUCGUCCAGUACUCCCAGCAAAUCCAGCCAGACCAACUCCUCCAGUUUCCCGGCUACAGACCAGUCGGCCCUCCAGGAGGACGGGGAGGGGUUCCGGUGGAACGCAACGGGGGAGCACGCCUCCACAUGGCUCGUCCUUAACGUAACGAAGAGUUUACUGAGUCCUUAUUGUAUUACAGAGUUCACGGCUCCUGAUCGUACAUCGAGCAUCUUCUGCAAGGUUUACUUUGCGGAGGAGUUUCAGCAUCUCAGGGAACUGGUGUUCCCCAGCGGUGAAGACAGGUUCAUCCGGUCGCUCUCUCGGUGUGUCAAGUUUGAUGCAAAGGGCGGGAAAUCAAGGUCCACUUUCUGUAAAGUCAUUGACGAUAGGUUCAUUAUGAAACAGAUCAAGGCCGUGGAGAUAUCGUCUUUUGAGCAAAUUGCUCCUCUUUACUUUGACCACAUCACCAGUGCACUGGAGAGCAAGCGACCGCUAGCACUGGCCAAGAUUCUUGGCGCCUACACAAUAGGCUACAGGAACACGAGGACAGGCAACUCCAAGAGACUAGACGUCAUUGUAAUGGAGAACCUUCUCUAUGGCAGGAAAUCCAGCAAGGUGUUUGACCUGAAGGGCUCCAUGAGGAGUAGAUACAUUGACCCCAGCAAGGACAGCAGCAACGACGUUCUACUGGACGAAAACUUCCUCAAUCACAUCUGCUACUCUCCAGUCUACGUGUAUCCUCACUCAAAAGCAGUCCUCAUGAGAGCCAUUGACGAAGACACGAGGUUCCUGGCAGAGAACGCCAUCAUGGACUACUCCCUACUCACCUGCAUCGAUGACCAGACCGGGGAACUGGUGGUGGGGAUCAUUGGUGAGAGGUCUAUUAGUAAUGGUGUGGUAGGAGAGAGAGCGAGAACUGGUGGUGGGAAUCAUUGGUGAGAGGUCUAUUAGUAAUGGUGUGGUAGGAGAGAGAGUGAGAACUGGUGGUGGGAAUCAUUGGUGAGAGGUCUAUUAGUAAUGGUGUGGUAGGAGAGAGAGUGAGAACUGGUGGUGGGAAUCAUUGGUGAGAG